UAAGAUCGAGUUUGUUUUCGAUCCGAUGUGAAUUUAAGUAAAAAAAUGGAAGUGCCGUCUAGUGAAACGAUCAUGAAACCGACGAUGGGUGAAACGUUGACGAAACCGGUGCCGAGACCGUUUUCUAUAGAGGCAUUGAUGAGUGAUAGUGGACCAAAGAGGAACAAUAGUAUCGCGUGGAAUUUGGCACUGCCGCAUCAACAGUAUCAAGUGAAUAAUUGUAGAGACACGGAUUCGGAUGGGAGUGUUGAUUUGGAUCUUGCUCAGGAUUUGUCCAGGAGAAGUCAAAAAGACGGCUCGGACCUCGACGACGACAUCGAAGAGACGCAGAACUCCGACAGCCCUUGCGAAGGCCCUGGCACGAAAGCCCGUCGCCGUCGCACCGCCUUCACCAGCGAGCAACUCCUCGAGCUCGAACGCGAGUUCCACGCCAAGAAGUACCUCUCGUUGACAGAACGCAGCCAAAUCGCAUCCGCCCUGCGUCUCAGCGAGGUCCAAGUGAAAAUCUGGUUCCAGAACCGACGGGCAAAGUGGAAACGAGUCAAAGCCGGUCUCGGCGCCGGCCCGCACCAGCCCAAGACCGGACAGCAGAAGAGCAAACUCGUCGUACCAAUUCCCGUUCACGUCAACCGUUUCGCUGUCAGGAGUCAGCACCAACAGCUGGAGAGGGCCUUGGGGGACUUGGCCGGGAGAGUGUUGGCAAGUCAUGCCGCCUUGAGGGCGGGUUUGGAUUUGCAUGGGUACCAUCCGCCGCCACCGCCGCCUCACUGAGUCGUUUAUAUAGAGUUUAUUGACGAUUGUGAUGCCGAUAGUGGUACUUCUGGACGAAGUAGUGAAGAGAUUUUCUAUGGUGCAUAUUUUAUUUAUACAUUCACUGUUUAAAAAUUAUUAUAGUACACAGAAUGGCUCAAAAUUCGCAAAACCCCUUUGUUGCAUACAUACCAGGUGAAUA